AUUACGUUUAGGUGCCUCCGAACUGGUGCGCAAACAAGGCCGAGUGCUGGUCUAUGAUGGUGGACAAGUGGAUCAGCGAGGAUUGGGCCCGCCAGCACGCCUUAUGCCGGGAGCGCCGCUUGAUGAUGCCAGGUCUGGCACAUCAUCAAGGGAGCCUUAGCCUCGGCGAGUACAAGAAUACUUGGUCGGAGUCUCAUCCAGGCCAGUGUUGCAACGACUUCACAGCGUACGCCAUGUCUCACAUGGGCAGGGCGACGUCGGACGUGGCCUACAACCCGGCGGCUCCACCAGAGGCCUACACAAACCCAAGCAUCCACGCGCGCAUCAAUGCAUACACGGAGGUGGGAAGGGCGCUCCACGGGGAGACUUGGGAUCCGACCACCGCGCCACUCUCCGGAGAAGCCAUCAUGAGGGCGGGACAAGGGAAGAAGCACGGGCGGUACUUGAUCGCCAACAGCUUGGUCGACACGGCGAGUACGCCCAGUCUCUCGCAGCUUAGGGCAAGUACCACCGACUCGACCCCACCCAUACGCUCACGGCCUGAGACUUCAGUGGCCUGCGUGCACCAGAGACAGGCCGAGAUGGAGGCUAAGUUUGAGGAGGAGAGGAGGUGUCGAAUGCAGAUCGAGGCCAAGCUAGAGCAGGAGCAGAAGCUAAGGGAGGAGCAGUCGAAUCAAUCGUGGAACGCAUCGAACAACCCUCCUCCGGACCAGAACUCGCCGGCGGCUCCGAGGCAAUCUUGCCCCCCCACCUGA